GCUAGACUGAAAAUUAAUAUUUAGUAGACAUUAUUUUCUUGUCACUUCAUGUUAUCUUUCCUUAAUGUACGUUUUAUAUGAUAUGGUGUCCUAACCUCAUUAUAUUCAGAUAACUGGAAUGAAACACACAGACUAGCCUGCCCUAGUCUGUGUCCCUGCCCUCUCAUGAUUGCGGCUGGUUCCUUAUUAGUGGUGUUUAAACUGCAAAGAGGACAGGAGCUAAGGCUGUCUGGUCAGAAGGAGCCCAGGCUAUUGUCGCUAGAUAACUCGCUUGGUAACCACACGGCACUGUCUGUCAAGUGGUUGAUGGUGGAAUUAGCUAGCUAGCUACCUAGCCUAUUGCAAGCUUAGCAUUGCCCGCCCCCCGCCCGCAGCUGUCACCCGGAAGGCCGCGGGUCAGGGGUGGGGAUUGAACAACUUUCCUUGCCUAAAACGUCUGGAUGGACCCGAGUAAAUAUAGCUAGUUGCCUAUAACUACCAUACGCGUGUAUAUUAUAUAGCUGAGAAUGGAUUCCUCUUUGGCCUUCGGACGUGACGAGCAGUGCUUGGCAACUGUAAGAGGACAGGAGCUAAGGCUGUCUGGUCAGAAGGAGCCCAGGCUAUUGUCGCUGAUUGAGUGCUCUGGGGAGUUUGUGUUGGGUGUUUUGGCUAACCCUGAUGCUGUUGUGUCCUCUCCGGUACCUCAGUUGUCCAUACCCAUCAACAGUCAUUUUCAGAUAGUGCGACAGGCCGAAGAAGCGCUGUUCAUUGACUUACCAUUAAAAACUUGCAUUAGGAUUCGUGUCAGAGGGGAGAAAGCCCCAGAGCUGGUGCUGGAGUUACAGGACGAUGAGCGCAGCCAGUCAUUCUUCUCCCAAGUGAAGAGAGCCAAGCAGCAAGUGGAGUCCAAAAGCACGCAAAUCAAGGUGAUGGAUCCCAUCAUACCUGCUCCCAUAAUGUCGUCUCCUCGCAAAGUUUCUGCCCCAGUCCCACCCAUCCCUCCACAAAGAGGGAUCCAUAAAGCUGUCAACUCUCAUACCAAGCCCACCGGCGUACCGCCACCGCCUCCCAACCUCACCAAUAGCUCUUCAGCUAACCAGACCUGCACAGGUAUGGAUACAACCUGCACAGCAGAUAGACUGGACACAGCUCUCUCCCUGGCCACAGACUUUGGCUUUGAGGAGAACUUCAACCACUCCCUCAAAGUGGAGGAGAAGAAGAACCAGCAGAAUCGCAUUGUGCCCCCCCGGGAAGCCCCUCCAGUUCCUCCUCUACCUCCACGUAAAGGCUCGUACACUCCCUCCAAUCCUCUCCCCCCCGCUCCCAUCCCCACCUCCAAAGACAGAGCCUCGUCCACACAGGCUAAAGAUGCUGCCUUCGUCACGCCUGCCAAAACAGAUCUUAGGACUUCAGUGGACCGGCCCACCUCGUGGAACGACAGCCCCACCACCAACAGCAUGCGGAAUGCCAUGUUCUCCACUCAGGCCGGCCAGAGAGAGUACCUCAUCAAACACCGCCUGGGCAAGAAGGAGAAGGAGUAUGUGGACAUCAAGGACUUCAGAUUGUUUACCGGAACGUGGAAUGUGAACGGCCAGUCCCCAGACAGCAGUCUAGAGCCCUGGCUGUGUUGUAACCAAGAACCUCCUGACGUCUACGCUCUGGGUUUCCAGGAGCUGGACCUGAGCACAGAGGCCUUCUUCUAUCUGGACUCGUCGAAGGAGCAGCUGUGGGUGGAGGCUGUGGAGAGAAGUCUUCACCCCAAAGCCAAGUACAAAAGGGUGCGCACCAUCCGACUAGUGGGCAUGAUGCUGGUGGUGUAUGUCAACAAGGUGCACAAGAAUCACAUCAAAGAAGUGGCUGCAGAGCAAGUGGGAACUGGCAUCAUGGGAAAAAUGGGGAAUAAGGGAGGCGUGGCGGUGCGCUUUGUGUUCCACAACACCAGCUUCUGCUUUGUCAACUCCCACCUGGCGGCCCACGUCGAGGACUUUGAGAGGAGGAACCAGGACUACAAAGACAUCUGUGCCCGCAUGAGCUUCCACCUGCUAGACCACCCUCCCCUCACCAUCGUCAAACACGAUGUAGUGAUCUGGGUAGGAGAUCUGAACUACCGGUUGUUUGUGUACGAUGCAGCUGAGGUCAAACAGCUCAUCUCCCACAACGAACUAAGGAAGCUGCAGGAGUAUGACCAGCUGAAUAUCCAGAGACAGACCAGGCGAGCCUUCACAGACUUCAUUGAGGGAGAGAUCAAUUUCAUGCCCACAUAUAAGUAUGAUGCUAAGACGGACCGUUGGGACUCUAGUGGUAAGUGUCGUGUCCCGGCGUGGUGCGACCGGAUCCUGUGGAGGGGUAGUAACGUUAAGCAGCUCCACUACAGGAGCCACAUGGAACUGAAGACCAGCGACCACAAGCCCGUCAGCUCCCUCUUCAGCGUAGGGGUGAAGGUGGUGAAUGAGGCACGCUACAAGAAGGUCUUUGAGGAGAUUGUGCGCAUGAUGGACAGGAUGGAGAACGAAUUCCUCCCGUCUCUGUCACUGACCGACAGAGAGUUCACCUUUAAGGACGUCAAGUUCCGCCAGCUUCAGCGGGAGCGUUUUGUGAUCUCCAACGACGGGCAGGUCCCCUGUCACUUUGCCUUCAUUCCCAAGCUGAACGACUCCCAGUACUGCAAGAAUUGGCUCCACGCCGAGCCCAGCGAAGGCUUCCUAGAGCCCAAUGAAACUUUAGAGAUCUUCCUGGAUGUGUAUGUGAGCAAGGACUCGGUGACUCUGCUCAACUCAGGAGAGGACGCCAUCGAGGAUAUUCUGGUGCUGCAUCUGGACCGAGGCAAGGACUACUUCAUCACCAUCUCAGGCAACUACCUGCCCAGCUGCUUCGGUACCUCACUGGAGACCCUGUGCCGCAUGAAGAAGCCCAUCCGGGAGAUCCCCAUCACCAAGCUCAUCGACCUGGGAGAGGACAGCUACAUGGAAAAGGAGAAGUCCAAGAUGAGCUUCCUUAUGGUGGACAGUGCUGGCACGGAGGACAAGCCUUUAAAAAUCCCCAAGGAGGUGUGGCUGCUGGUGAACCACCUCUUUACCAAGUCCUGCCAACAGGAGGACCUGUUCCAGACUCCGGGCCUGCAGGAGGAGCUGCAGAGUAUCAUUGAUUGCCUGGACACCAGCAUUCCUGACUCCAUCCCUGGUUGUAACCACUCUGUGGCCGAGGCCCUGCUGAUAUUUCUGGAAGCUCUGCCUGAGCCAGUGGUGUGUUACGAGCUCUACCAGCGCAGCCUGGACUGCUCCCACGACAGCCGCCUCUGCAAACAGUUGAUCUCCCAGCUGCCCCGGGCUCACCGCAACGUGUUCCGCUACCUGAUGGCCUUCCUCAAGGAGCUGCUGAAAUACGCCCACAACAACAACCUCACUGCCAACCUCAUAGCUACCCUCUUUGCCAGCUUGCUCAUCAGGCCCCCGCCCAAAAUGGUGGGCCGACAGACCCCGCAGGACCGACAGAGAGCCGUCAUCUUCAUGCUGGGCUUCCUCACGGGAGGGGACGACGAGUGAGGGGUUAAGAGUCAGGGGUUAGGGCUCAGACAUCCUCCAGGCUGGACCUUUUGAUAACUGUUAUAAGAGUGGAGUUUUGGUGCACACAAGGCAUGUGUGUGGGGACCAUGGUGUGACUCCCCUGACGCCCCCUGGCCCUUAGGGGAAGUGUGUUGGAUCCUGUGGUGGGAGAACAAACAGUGUAGUUAUAUGGGACCCUCUCUUUUAUCACAGGCUCUUACCAAUUGCCCCAGCCUUUGUAGUUCUGUGCUUCAGUCACUCACAACCAUCACCAUAGUUUUCACCUCUGCUCAUAGUGUAGCUGCAGAUUAGGUGUUGGAGUGACAGUGAACUGACUGAUGCCUCUCUGCACUUUUUGCUGUACCAGGAGACCUGAAUGCCCUGUCUAUGGAUUCACCCCCCCCAGGCAACCCCCAAGACCCCAAUGCUUCAUAUAACAUGUUCCAUGCCAAAAUGACUCCCUAUACCUAAUCUGAACUCUGAAUGAAAAUACAAUAUGUGUGUAUGUAUGUGUGUAAUGUAUUAUGUAUGUAUGUACGUACGAACCCAUAGAUACUAAGAUAAUGAUGAUCCGUUAGUCCAUGACACUAAAGAUGGACCACACAGGUGGUCGUCCAGAAGAUUUGAAUUGCAGCUAUCCGAUGGAUACUACUCUCGGGGUGAACUAUUCAAAACCAUCAGUAGACAGUGAUUCUGUGAUAUUGGGAGAUGUUAGAACGAUCAGUGGGCUGUCCUUUAAACCAAUGUUAUUUAUUCUCUCUUUUUCUUACAUGACUUUUUUUUCACCAUCUUCUAUAGUUUAUUUCACCUUCAUAAUUGUUUUAAGAGACCACAUUUUCUGUAUUGUUUAACUGCCCGUGGUUGUUCAAACUCACCUUUUUGCUUCUGCCGUUCUGAAACGUGUCGUUCAAUAUCAGUGAGAGUACAUUGAACCCGUCACACUAACUUCACAAUAGAGUGAUCAGUCAUCAUGCCUGCAUUUAUUUGCCAUUUUUAUGGGCCAGUUUUUCAGACCCAGAGUUCAAGAGUAGGCUUUUAAUCUGAGUCCCAGAAACCAGUCCUACAGAACAUCAGAGAGAACACCUCUACGGUAUCGGUGUCUUAACUGUUGUAAAUAGUCCUCCUGUCCCCAUUGUCCACGAUGUUCGACUCUGCUUGUCAACUCUUACUAUGCUGGUGCAAACUAUGUGUUCUUGUUUUCAAAAUGUAUGUGCAGGUGGUACAGUCGUUUUUCAAUGUCUGCCAUGUCCUCAUUUAGUUUUUUUUUUCUUUGCUUCAGCAUCACUAUCUGCCUUCAUGCCGAUUUAGAGCGUCAUUGUUUUGGGCUUGUGUGCUCAUGCAAGGGUAUUUUUUGUCACUUUGUCUCCCGCAGUAUAUUGAGACCAUAUAAUGUCCUGUUUUGCUGUCUGUGUGUCCCAAAUAGCCGCCUAUUCCCUUUAUAGUGCUCCACUUUAGACCAGAGCUCUGAUCCAAAGCACUGCAUUAUAUAAGGGUGCCAUUUCGGAAACACGGUUAGUUUUUUCAGUCACUAAGCAUUUUUUGCAGUGCAGGUUGAACAGGAUUUAGUUGUUCAUUACACCCUGAGAAACGGAAACUGUUUUCCAGACAGAUUCUCUUUUCUGGGCCACAAAGGAAAUGUUUUUCCCCAAAUACUGUCGUGGAUCUUGUUAUGGUUAUGAAAUGGGGAACUCCAAUGCUGUGCAAUUUCAACAGUGUUUCCUCCCUGUGUUUGACACUGUCCAGUCAUUUUAGAAGUCAUAUGUCAAAAUGUCUCCUGGCUGGCACUUUACAGGCCGGUUAUGUGACACGGUUGGUAUAUGACGCCCGUUUCCACUGGAGCUGUAGCCCUGGCGUAAGUCUCCAGUCAACUAAUCAUGCCAGAAAAGCCUGUUGCUUAGUCAACAGACACUUCAAGACUAGCCUGGUUCCGUACACUGUAUGUGGUGUAGCCAACCCCUCUAUUGUUGUCAUCCAUGCUAAGGUAUGACAUCGAGUAUUGAUUUGCCUACUACAGGUCCAGGCUAAUGAAUACAUUUCAAACAGUGUUUCAAUGGGUUAAAUAACAUUAUAGCUAACACACCGACCUUCUUGCCAGAUAAGCCUGUACUUCGUCAUUUACAUUUACAUUUAAGUCAUUUAGCAGACGCUCUUAUCCAGAGCGACUUACAAAUUGGUGCAUUCACUUUAACAGGCAUUGCUACACCAGAAAAUGCGUUCUGAGACGGAAGCCUUUGUUUCAGUAUGUUACAUAAUCUUAUAGCUAUAACACUGAUAGUUUGUUAAUCAAAGCACUUAGCGGUUUCUAUGUCAGUGUUCGCUCUGUACCUGAAAUGAGUUUGAGUGGAGUGGGCCUUGUGUACAUUUCUGUGCCUCGCUGCAAUCAUCCCAUACAGUAUAUUUCUAAAAUGGGCCAGGCAUGCUUUUUAGUGUUCCUCAGAGUUGUCAUAGACUUAAGCGCUUUGCUUAGCUUGGCCGAACCAUGGCUGGCCCUGGAUGGAUUUGUCCUUCCGGUUGUCUCUGAGUCAAAAGAGGAGGAACAGGAAAUCUGGUCUUUUCAUCUCAUUCACAACACAAAGCUUUUACAUCAGAAAUAAGGCCAACCCAAGCUGAGGAGGGAUAGCCAGGACUGAAUAGUCAUAUUUGGGAGAGAAAUCCACAUUCAUGUUUCCUUAUUUCUCUUCAUCUGGCGCCUGUCUGUGUAUUCAUGUGUUGGCUUAUGCGCUCUGCUCCUCUUCAUGCCUCAAGUUUCGUAAUGGUCUGUCUAGUAAUAAUGCUACAUAUGCAAAGGAAGACUUGCACAACUGUUUUCAAUGUAUAUUUUGUGUGGUACUUUUAAUUUAUUUAACGGAAAUAAAAUAACGUACAAAGAACA